AUGGUUAAUGUAUUGAUGGUUGCAGAAAAGCCGCUUCUCGCUGAAACAAUUGCGGGAAUUUUAUCUGAUGGUAGGUGCAGUAAAAGAAAAGGUUUCAAUGGAGUUUGCCCAAUUUUUGAGUAUAAUGGAAAUUUCAUGGGUCAAAUGGCUAGAUUUAAAUUUACAUCAACCUGUGGACAUAUUAUGGGAAUGGAUUUUCAUAUGAAAUUAAAUAAUUGGGAUAUCACUGAUCCUAUUGAAUUAUUUCAUGGGCAGAUAUUAAAAAAAGAAGCAAAUCCAAAAAUGAAAAUGAAUACUUUUUUAGCAUCAGAAGCAAAAAAUUGUGAUUUUUUAGUUUUAUGGUUAGAUUGUGAUAAGGAAGGUGAAAAUAUUUGUUUUGAAGUUAUUGAUGCUGUUUCUGGAUCUUUGAGAUCCUACAAACCAAAUGUUAUGGAAAAUGUCUUUCGAGCCCGUUUUUCUGCAUUAACUGAUAAAGACAUAAAAUUUGCAAUGAAUAAUUUAGUUAAACCAAAUUUAAAUGAAUCCUUGUCUGUGGAUGCUAGACAGGAAUUAGAUUUAAGAAUAGGUUGUGCAUUCACACGUUUUCAAACAAAAUACUUCAAUAAUAAAUAUGGUGAUCUUAAUUCUGCUUGUAUCUCAUUUGGACCAUGUCAAACACCAACAUUAGGUUUUUGUGUAAAGAGAAUGGAUGAAAUUAUUUCUUUUAAAUCUGUUCCUUAUUGGCAAAUACAAUGUUCAUUAAAAGAUUCUACGGGUGAGGAAUUAAAAGUUCAAUGGUUAAAAGGAAGUAUUUAUGAUAGAGAAGUUAUAAACUUUUUCUUUAAUCGAAUAAAAAAUGAAACUACUAGUGUUUGUUGUGAUAUUACUUUAAGUAAUGGUGUAAAAGAACCACCUAAAGCUUUGAAUACAGUUGAAUUAUUAAGAGUUGCUUCAAAAAAUUUAGGUAUUGGUCCACAAGAUACCAUGUCUAUAGCGGAACAUUUAUAUACACAUGGUUAUAUAUCAUAUCCACGUACUGAAACAACACAAUAUCCAUCUCAAUUUGAUUUUAAAAGUAUUUUAUCAAAUUUAACUAAUAAUUGUGGAGUUGGAAAAUAUGCACGACAAAUUCUUGAUGAAGGUAUAAGACGACCUAAACGUGGUGAAGACAAAGGUGAUCACCCCCCAAUAACUCCAAUGAAAGGAGAUAAUGGAAAAUUAUCAGGAAAUCAGGCAAGACUUUAUGAAUAUAUUUCUCAACAUUUUGUAGCAUCUCUUAUGAAACCAUGUAAAUAUAAGACAAAAAAUUUUAAAUUUAAUAUUGGUGAAGAGGUAUUUUCAUAUAGUACAAAAUGUAUUGAAGAUCCUGGUUAUACAGCUGUCAUGACUUGGCAAUCUGUUGAUGAAGGAGGAUUAUUAAAUAAUAUAGAGAAAGGAAGUAAAUUAGAUAUUAAGGCAUUAAGUAUAAUAGAAAAACAGACAACACCACCAGGAUAUUUAACAGAAAGUGAAUUAAUUACACAAAUGGAAAAAUAUGGUAUAGGAACAGAUGCUUCUAUAUCUGUUCAUAUAGCAAAUAUAAUUCAAAGAAAUUAUGUUACUGUAGAAACUGGUAGAAAAUUAAUUCCAACAAAAUUAGGUGUAUCAUUGGUACAUGGAUAUUGGAAAAUAGAUCCAGAACUUGUUUUACCAACAAUGCGUUCUGAAGUGGAGGAACAAUUAAAUUUAAUAGCUAAAGGGCAGGCAAAUUAUCAAUCAGUUACAGAACAUACAUUAAAUAUGUUUAGAACAAAAUUUAUUUAUUUUACUGAAAAUAUUCGAGGAAUGGAUGAAUUAUUUGAAGAUUCUUUUACAACACUUGAUGCAUGUGGUAAACCAUUUAGUAGAUGUGGAAAAUGUUUAAGAUUUAUGAAAUUAGUUGAUUCUAAACCACAAAGAUUACAUUGUAAUAAUUGUAAUGAAUCUUAUAACAUACCAUUAUCUAAAACAGGUCAAAUAAAACAAUAUAAUGGUGAUAAAAGAUGUCCAAUAGAUCAAUUUGAAAUAUUACACUGGACUGAAAAUGUUGGGCAGACAAUAAAAAGUUAUCCAUUUUGCCCAAAUUGUUUUAAUAAUCCUCCAUUUGAGGAUAUGGAUAAGAAAUCUGGUUGUAAUAAAUGUCCUCAUAUUAGUUGUGAAUUUUCUUCAGUUGGUUCUGGUUUAACAAAAUGUAUAAAUAUUGAUUGUAAAGGUGCUCAUAAUUUAAAGAUCAAUGACAAAGAAUGUUUCAAUUGUGGAUCUAAUACAAUUACCGUAGAAUAUAAAGAAUCAUCUCCAUUACCAGAUGGUGAACUUAAAUUUAAUGGUUGCCUUUUUUGUACACCUAAUAUAUAUAAUAAUAGUACAUUAGUUAGAGUUAAAGAUUAUACGAAAUCAAUUGAAGAUGCCAAAAAAUACCAAUAUUCUAGAGGAAAUCAUUCCCGAGGAAGGGGUGGUAAACGUGGUGGUUUUUCACGUGGUAGAUCAAGUGGAAAGUCGUAUAAUAAAAGAGAUAAUAAAGAACAUAUUAAAUAG